AUGAAGCUUCUAAAACCCAGUUGGGUUAAUCACGAUGAUAAACCAAUUUUUUCUGUUGAUAUUCAUCCGACGGGGAAGCGUUUUGCUACUGGUGGACAAGGAGGAGACUCCGGCAGAGUUGUUGUUUGGAACUUAAAUUCUGUAUUGUUUGAAGCCGUGGAGGUAGACCCUAAUGUACCCAAAAUGCUCUGUCAAAUGGACAAUCACUUAGCUUGUGUAAACUGUGUUCGAUGGAGCAAUGGUGGGCGAUAUCUAGCAUCCGGUGGAGAUGAUCGCCUUGUUAUGGUGUGGGGACUAAGUGUAGCUCCAUCAGCACCUGGCAAACACAAGACUGAGAUGUGGAGGUGUAUAUCAACAUUGAGAGGACAUGCUGGUGAUGUCCUUGAUCUUGCAUGGUCACCACUGGAUAAAUGGCUGGCUAGUUGCAGUGUGGACAAUACCAUCAUCAUUUGGAAUGCUGAAAAGUUUCCUGAGAUGGUCUGUGUGUUAAAUGGUCAUACUGGCCUGGUUAAAGGAGUUGCAUGGGACCCAGUGGGCAAAUACUUAGCAUCACAAUCAGAUGACAAGUCACUGAGAGUUUGGAAAACAGCUGAUUGGGCGCAAGAAACUGUUAUAACUGAACCAUUUGAGGAAUGUGGAGGUACAACUCACGUGUUGCGACUAUCAUGGUCACCAGACGGUCAGUAUGUGUUGUCCGCGCAUGCUAUGAACGGUGGAGGGCCCACAGCGCAGGUCGUCGAGCGAGACGGCUGGCGAUGCGACAAAGACUUUGUGGGCCACCGCAAAGCUGUCACUUGUGCUCGCUUCAAUAGUAACAUCUUCGUGAAGGAAGGCAAGAAGUGCUGCUGUGCGGCGGUGGGGUCCCGCGACCGCGCGCUUUCCAUCUGGCUCACGUCACUGAAGCGGCCACUGGUGGUGGUGCAUGACCUGUUCAGCGACAGCGUGCUCGACUUAUCCUGGAGCUCAGACGGAUUAAAUCUAUUAGCCUGUAGUUCAGAUGGCACUGUUGCAUGCAUACAAUUCACCAACAAAGAGAUUGGCACACCCCUCACACUUGAAGAAAAGAAUGCGUUCUACGAAAAGAUAUACGGGAAAUGUUUAAUAAAUGAGUCUGGUGGUGAUUUGACAUCAAACUUGCUCGUCGAGUGUCCAGAAAUUCUAUUGGCAAGGGAAAAGCAGGAGGCUAAGAAAGAAGCCGCCAAGGAAGAAAUCACACCCAAAAGCGAAAAGUCACAAAGCGUUCCAGCGACGACACCUCCAGUGUGUAGCGGAAUUAGUGUCACGCCGAGCGGAGCCCUAAUAAGCACCCCAGUACGUCCCAUUGAUAGACAGAUCGAGACACGAACGUCCGAUGGCAAGCGAAGAAUCACGCCCGUCUUCAUACCGCUCACUCACGCGGACGCAAACGAGUCGUUAGCAUCUCAGCCUGGUGCUCCAGAAAACUGCUUCAGCACGUCCUCACAGAGCAAAUCUCGCAUACGAGUAGAGCGCCGAGAUGAUAUCAUCAUACAUCCCAAUGUCAGCAACCAUGCCAUAUCUCAGAGCAGCAAGACCAACGACAAUGCUUUGGAUCAGCGUCUUCGGAAGCGUGGCGGUGGUGGUCUUCCGGGUCCGCGGGCUGACGAGGUGCAGGCGCACGCGGGGGCGGGCGUGGGCGCGGGCGGCGAGGGGCCUGCGAGCGCUGCGGGGGCGGCGGUGGGGGGAGGCCCCCCGGCGCUGCCCGCCCCCGUGCUGGGCGCCGCCGGGCCCGUGGUGCGGGCGGCGGGACCACUGCGACUGCAGGUCGUAAAUAAGGCGUGUAACACUCAUUACGGAACUCUGUCACGGUUGCAACUCAUCCCUAACAACUCUGCAUCCAAUGAUCCUGUAUGGGAAACUUAUCUAGGUUCGCCGGUGACGUGCAUCGCGUGCGACGCGCGGUGGGUGUGCGUGUCGUGUGCGGACGGCGCGCUGCACGUGUGGCGUCUGGCGCGAGCACACGCCGCGCGCGCGCUGCCGCCGCUCGCACUGAUGUCCCAGGCCGCUAAAAUGACGCUAACAGGCGACACGCUGUUAGUGGUUACGACAUCAGCGGAACUCGCUAUAUGGGAACUUUCGAACGCUUCCUGUGUGAUCAGGCCUUUAUGUUUUAGGAACUUACUAUCACAUGGAGUGACUGUUACAAAUUGCUCACUUCUGGAGGAUGGCAACCCAAUGAUCUCAUUAAGUAAUGGAAAAAAUUAUAUUUACAGCAAGAAAUUAUGUGCAUGGGUGGUGUGGGCGGACGCGAGUGACCCGGUGCGGCGCGCGGGCGGCGGCUGGCGCUCGUCCCGCAGCGCGCGCGCGCCCCGCGCCUCCGCGCCGCGCGCGCCCGCCGCGCUGCUCACCGCACCGCGCACGCCCUCCGCCCCGCCGCCGCCGCUGCGCCCGCACACUAACGUCGCAAGUUGGCUGGAGGCGCAAGUGGCCUCAUGUCUACAUCUGAGACUGGCAAAAGACUACAAACAUUGGCUCUCGUCACUCUUCAGUCACCUUGUUAAUCACGGCACAGAAGACCAGUUGAGGUACAUACUAGACGACAUGCUCGGACCCAGUCACUGUACGUCGACGCCCAAGAAAUGGCAGUCCACAGUUUUGGGAAUAAAAAAACACGAUAUUCUUGAGGAGAUGCUUGCACUCCUAGUCAAACAACUCAGGUGGCAGAGGCUGUACACGGAGUACGCGGAUCAGCUGAACGACCUGAAGGAAACUGGCAGUAUCAUGAAUGGACAUUGA